AUGAGUGAAUUUAAAGAGAAGUUAGUAACCCUAUACAAGAGUAGAUGGUUUGUUUUUGUUGGAGCAAUGUGGUUACAGUCGUGGGCGGGUAUUGGGUACUUGUUUGGAAGUAUUUCGCCGGUGAUUAAGAGUUCGCUGGGUUAUAAUCAAAAGCAACUUGCUAUAUUGGGGGUUGCUAAAGACCUGGGUGAUUGUGUGGGGUUUUUGACGGGGAUUUUGUGUGAGGUUUUGCCUAUUUGGGGGGCGUUGCUCGUGGGGGCUUGUUUGAAUCUCGUUGGGUAUGGAUGGGUUUGGUUGAUUGUUACUGGACAAGUUCCUACUCUUCCUUUAUGGGCUAUCUGUAUUCUUAUAUUUAUUGGAACAAACGGUGAAACCUACUUCAACACAGUUUCAUUGGUGUCUUGUGUGCAAAAUUUCCCGAAAAGCCGAGGUCCUGUUGUCGGUAUUCUAAAAGGCUUUGCUGGUUUGAGUGGUGCAAUAUUGACACAGAUAUACGUACUUAUACAUUCCCCUGAUCAUGCAUCAUUAAUAUUUAUGGUUGCUAUUGGUCCAUCCUUGGUAGCAAUUGGUCUUAUGUUCAUUGUUAGACCGGUCGGAGGUCACAAACAGGUGCGUCCAUCGGACGGAAAAUCGUUCACACUUGUCUACGGUGUAUGCCUCUUGUUGGCUGCAUAUAUGAUGGGAGUUAUGAUUGUUCAAGAUUUAGUUGAUCUGAGUGAAACCGUUGUCACAAUUUUUACUGGUAUCCUCUUUGUGAUUCUCCUCGCCCCAAUUGUAAUUCCUCUGUCGUUAACUUUCGGACCAGUUGAAAAACCUCUAGAGGAAGAAGCACUUCUAGAACCACAAGGACAUUCACAACUUGAUUCGGAUGAAGUAAUAUUAAGUGAGUUGGAAGAUGAGAAGCCUAAGGAUAUGGACUUGCUCCCUGCAUUGGAAAGGCAGAAACGUAUAGCGCAAUUACAAUCGAGAUUACUACAAGCAGCUGCAGAAGGAGCUGUUAGGGUUAAGAGAAGGAGAGGACCACAUAGAGGAGAAGAUUUUACGUUGAUGCAAGCUUUGAUUAAAGCAGAUUUUUGGCUUCUUUUUAUUUCCAUGGUCUUAGGUUCUGGAUCUGGUUUGACCGUAAUUGAUAAUCUCGGUCAGAUGAGUCAAUCUCUAGGUUAUGACAAUGCACAUAUAUUUGUCUCCAUGAUCAGCAUUUGGAACUUUCUUGGACGCGUUGGAGGCGGCUACAUAUCUGAGAUUGUUGUCAAGGAUCAUACAUAUCCAAGACCAGCUGCAUUGGCUGCAUUUCAACUAGUUAUGACUAUCGGUCAUCUUUUCAUCGGCAUGGGAUGGCCAGGUUCAAUGUACGUCGGCACUUUACUAGUUGGACUUGGUUAUGGCGCACAUUGGGCAAUUGUUCCAGCUACAGCAUCUGAAUUAUUUGGUUUGAGAAACUUUGGUGCAUUAUACAAUUUCCUCACACUAGCAAACCCGGUUGGAACUCUUGUCUUCUCUAGUCUCAUUGCUAGCAGAAUCUAUGACCGCGAAGCAGAAAAACAAGCUCAUGGUGGACACUUGAAUUUAGGAUCGAUUGUCUCUCGGGCUCUUAAUAGUGGCGAGCAGCUAAAGUGUGAAGGUUACAUAUGCUUCUUCCUGACUUCAUCUAUCAUGGCAGGAUUUUGCAUUGUUGCGACUGCCUUAAGCAUGUUUCUCGUGUUCCGAACAAGGAUUGUUUAUGCAAGCUUGUAUGGAAAAUCUUCUAUGAGAAACCUUCUAUAA